AUGGUGCGUCAGCUGGUGCUGCUGAAGGAGGGUAUGAAGUUGAAGCCUGAGCCUGAGCCUGAGCCCGAGCCUGAGCCUGAGCCUGAGCCUGAGCCUGAGCCCGAGCCUGAGCCUGAGCCUGAGCCUGAACCUGAACCUGAACCUGAACCUGAACCUGAACCUGAACCUGAACCUGAACCUGAGCCAGAGCUUGUUAGCGAUAUGUUUCCACCAGAAGUAUUGCCAGAGCGUGAUUCUGGUCCUGAGCAUGAUCCUGCGACUGAACAUGAUCCUUUACCUGAGCCUGAUCUUGGGCCUGAGCAUGAUGCUGCGCCUGAGCAUGAUUCUGCGCCUGAGCCUGAUUCUGGGCCUGAGCAUGAUCCUGCACCUGAGCAUGAUUUUGAGCCGGAGCCUGAUCCUGGGCCUGAGCAUGAUCCUGGGCCUGAGCAUGAACCUGGGCCUUUGCCUGAGUCUUUGCCUGAACAUGAUCCUGCGCCUAAGCAUGAUCCUGAGCCUGAGCGUGAUCCUGAACCAGUGCCAGAGAUAGUUUCUCCUGUGUUUCCUCCAGUAUUUGUGCCAGAUCCUAAAUUCCAUCCGGCUGUGUUUCCACUGUGUUGUGUGUUGGGUGGAUACGAUUGGUAUGCAAAUGGUGUGUCAGCUGGUGCUGCUGAAGGAGGGUUUAAAACUCCACCUGAUCCUGAGCAAGAUCCUGCGACUGAGCAUGAUCCUUUAACUGAGCCUGAUCCUGAGCCUGAGCAUGUUUGUGAGCCUGAGCAUGAUUUUGCGCCUGAGCCUGAUGCUGAGCCUGUGCACGAUGCUGAGCCUGAGCAUGAUGCUACGCCUGAGCCUGAUCCUGAGCCUGAGCAUGAUCCUGGACCUGAGCAUGAUCCUGGGCCUUUGCCUGAAUCUUUGCCAGAGCAUGAUCCUGUGCCUAAGCAUGAUCCUGGGCCUGAGCCUGAUCCUGAGCCUGAGCAUGAUCCUGGGCCUGAGCAAGAUCGUCGGCCUUUGCCUGAGUCUACGCCUGAGCAAGAUCCUGCGCCUAAGCAUGAUCCUAAGCCUGUGCAUGAUCCUGAGCCUGAGCAUGAGCGUGAUCCUGAACCAGAGCCAGAGCUAGUUCCUCCUGUAUUUCCCUCAGUAUUUGUACCAGAUCCUAAUCCUGGGCCAGAUCCUGAAGUCCAUCCAGCUGUGUUUCCACUGUGUUGUGUGUUGGGUGGAUACCGUUGGUAUGCAAAUAGUGUGUUAGCUGGUGCUGCUGAUGGUGGGUAUGAAGUUGGAGGUACCUCCCGUGGUGGAUUAUAA